AUCUGUCUCCAAGUCCAACCUCGUCAAGGACAACCGUUAAGGGAUCUGUCUCGGUGUCCGAACUGUUACCAGGGACACUUGUUGAGGGACCUGUCUUGGUGUAAGACCUGUGACCAGGGACACUCGUUUAGGGAUCUGUCUCGUUGUCCGACCUGUAACCAGGGACGCUUGUUGAGGGACCUGUCUUGGUGUAAGCCCUGUGACCAGGGACACUCGUUUAGGUAUCUGUCUCGUUGUCCGACCUGUAACCAGGGACGCUUGUUGAGGGAUCUGUCUUGGUGUAAGACCUGUGACCAGGGAGACUCGUUUAGGGAUCUGUCUCGUUGUCCGACCUGUAACCAGGGACGCCAGUUUAACUAUCUGUCUCGGUGUCCGACCUGUUACCAGGGACACUCGUUUAGGGAUCUGUCUCUUACCAGACCACUACGCACACGUCGACAUCAGACUACUUCCCACAAGUCGACAUCAGACCACUUCUCACAAGUCGUCAUCAGACGACUUCCCACACGUCGACAUCAGACCGCUUCCCACACGUCGACAUCAAACUACUUCCCACACGUCGACAUCAGACCACUUCGCACAAGUCGACAUCAGACCACUUCGCACACGUCGACAUCGGACCACUUCCCACACGUCGACUUCAGACAACUUCCCACACGUCGAGACAUCAGACCACUUCCCACACGUCGACAUCAGACCAAUUCGCACACGUCGGCAUCAGACCACUUCGCACACGUCGACAUCGGACCACUUCCCACACGUCGACUUCAGACAACUUCCCACACGUUGACAUCAGACCCCUUCGCACACGUCGACAUCAGACCAUUUCCCACACGUCGACAUCAGACCACUCCGCUCACGUCGACAUCAGACCACCUCGCACACGUCGACAUCAGACCACUUCCCCCACGUCGACAUCAGACCACUUACCACUCGUCGGCGGCAGACCACUUCGCACACGUCGACAUAGGACCACUUCCCACACGUCGACUUCAGACAAUUUCCCACACGUUGACAUCAGGCCACUUCGCACACGUCGACAUCAGACCACUUCGUACACGUCGACAUCAGACUACUUCCCACCCGUCGACAUCAGACCACUUCUCACAAGUCGACAUCAGACCACUUCGCACACGUCGGCAUCAGACCACUUCUCACACGUCGAGACAUCAGACCAAUUCGCACACGUCCACAUCAGACCACUCCCCACACGUCAACAUCAGACCACUUACCACGCGUCGACAUCAGACCACUUCACACACGUCGACAUCAGACUACUUCUCACACGUCGAGACAUCAGACCAAUUCGCACACGUCGGCAUCAGACCACUUCGCACACGUCAGCAUCAGACCACUUCGCCCACGUCGACAUCAGACCACUUCCCCCACGUCGACAUCAGACCACUUCCCCCACGUCGACAUCAGACCACUUCCCCCACGUCGACAUCAGACCACUUCCCACCCGCCAAUUCGCACACGUCGACAUCAGACUCCUCCCCACACGUCAACAUCAGACCACGUACCACACGUCGACAUCAGACCGCUUCGCACAAGUCGACAUCAGACCACUUCGCGCACGUCGACAUCGGACCACUUCCCACAAGUCGACUUCAGACCACUUCCCACACGUUGACAUCAGACCACUUCGCACACGUCGGCAUCAGACCACUUUGCACACGUCGACAUCGGACCACUUCCCACACGUUGACUUCAGACAACUUCCCACACGUCGACAUACAUCAGACCAAUUCGCACACGUCGGCAUCAGCCCACUUCGCACACGUCGACAUCAGACCUCUUCCCACACGGCGACAUCAGACCACUCCCCACACGUCAACAUUAGACCACUUACCACACGUCGACAUCAGCCCAAUUCGCACACGUCGACAUCAGACUCCUCCCCACACGUCAACAUCAGACCACUUAACAGACGUCGACAUCAGACCACUUCCCACCCGUAGACCACUUCCCACACGUCGACAUCGGACCCCUUCCCACACGUCGACUUCAGACAAUUUCCCACACGUUGACAUCAGGCCACUUCGCACACGUCGACAUCAGACCAUUUCCCACACGUCGACAUCAGACCACUUACCCCUCGUCGGCGUCAGACCCCUUCGCACACGUCGACAUCAGACCACCUCGCACACGUCGACAUCAGACCACUUCGCGCACGUCGACAUCGGACCACUUCCCACACGUCGCCUUCAGACAACUUCCCACACGUCGAGCCAUCAGACCACUUACCACACGUCGACAACAGACCAAUUCGCACACGUCGACAUUAGACUACUCCCCACACGUCAACAUCAGCCCACUUCCCACACGUCGACAUCAGACUGCUUCCCACACGUCGACAUCAGACUAUUCCCACGCGUCAACAUCAGACCACUUACCACACGCCGACAUCCCCCCAAUUCGCACACGUCGACAUCAGACUCCUCCCCACACGUCAACAUCAGACCACUUACCACACGCCGACAUCCCCCCAAUUCGCACACGUCGACAUCAGACUUCUCCCCACACGUCAACAUCAGUCCACUUCCCACACGUCGACAUCAGACUACUUCCCACACGGCGACAUCAGACCACUCCCCACACGUCGACAUCAGACCACUUACCCCUCGUCGGCGUCAGACCCCUUCGCACACGUCGACAUCAGACCAUUUCCCACACGUCGACAUCAGACUACUUCCCACACGUCGACAUCAUCAGACCGCUUCCCACACGUCGAGACAUCACAGCACUUCCCACACGUCGACAUCAGCCCACUUCUCACAAGUCGACAUCAGACGACUUCCCACACGUCGUCAUCAGACCACUUCUCACAAGUCGACGUCAGACGACUUCCCACACGUCGACAUCAGACCGCUUCCCACACGUCGAGACAUCACAGCACUUCCCACACGUCGACAUCAGACACCUUCUCACACGCCGAGACAUCAGACCACUUCCCACACGUCGACAUCAGACCACUUCGCGACAUCAGACUACUCCCCACACGGCAACAUCAGACCACUUACCACACGUCGACAUCAGACCUCUUCCCACACGUCGACAUCAGACCACUUCCCACACGUCGACAUCAGACCACUUAACAGACGUCGACAUCAGACCAAUUCACACACGUCGACAUCAGACUAUUCCUACGCGUCAACAUCAGACCUCUUACCACACGUCGACAUCGGACCAAUUCGCACACGUCAACAUCAGACCCCUUCGCACACGUCGGCAUCAGACCAUUUCGCACACGUCGACAUAAGACUACUCCCCACACGGCGACAUCAGACCAAUUCGCCCACGUCGACAUCAGACCCAUUCGCACACGUCGACAUUAGACCACUUCCCACACGCCGACAUCGGACCCCUUCCCACACGGCCACAUCAGACAACUUCCCACAAGUCGACGUCAGACUACUUCCCACAUGUCGACAUCAGACCACUUAG